AUGGCAGACACGGCAGCCUCAUCCGACGCAGGCAAGAAGGGCGCGUCGACCCUCUCCGUCUCGGCUCCCACCUUCGUCCCCUCGUCAAAGCCAGGGUCGUCGGCCAUCCCCAUCGAGAAACCCCCGGCGCCGAAACCCUCGCGCAAGCGACCUGCGCCCGGCAGUCCUCCUCUCAACCCGACGAUGGUCCCCACCGCGCCGAAAGCGCCAAAGACCAACGCCGACAAGGACUCGACGCGCAGGCUGAUCGUCGUCCUCGAGCAGGCGUGCCUCGAGACGUACAAGCACAGCGCGCCUGCGGGCGCGAGGGGCGGCAAGGGAGAGGAGAAGUACAGCUUGUUGAACUGCGACGACCACCAGGGCGUGUUGGCAAAGAUGGGCAGGGACAUUGCGCACGCCAGGCCAGACAUCACCCACCAAUGCCUCUUGACCCUCCUCGACUCGCCGCUCAAUAAGGCCGGCAGGCUGCAAGUCUACAUCCACACGGCCAAGGGUGUUCUGAUCGAAGUCAACCCGGCCGUCCGCAUUCCCCGAACGUUCAAGCGAUUCGGUGGACUCAUGGUCCAACUCUUGCACCGGCUGUCGAUCCGGUCCAUCAAUGGCUCGGAAAAGCUGCUCAAGGUCAUCAAGAACCCCAUCACCGACCACCUCCCCUCCCAGUGCCACAAGAUCACCCUUUCGUUCGACGCCAAGCCCGUCCGCCUGCGGGAUUACCUCCCCACGAUCCCCGAGACGCACUCGAUCUGCGUGUUUGUCGGUGCGAUGGCUCAUGGACCCGACAACUUUGCCGACCAUCUCGUUGACGAGAAGAUUGCUAUCUCGGAGUACUCGCUCAGCGCGAGUGUCGCAUGCGGAAAGUUCUGCUGCGCGACAGAAGACCUCUUCGGCAUCCUCUGA